UAGUAUUUUAUCAUCCACACUUUUACAUGUGAUGCAUCCAUCCCCAUAAUGAUAACUACACGUAGAAUGUAUACAUACAUUCUGCAUACUCUGUUGUUUCGCAGUGAUGAUGAGAUUUCUUUCUCAAGGAUUUUAGCCUUCAGCCCACAGCUUGUUUAGAUAGAUCACUGCCUGCCUGCAUAUAUAACCACCAACUUGCAUCCACAACACGACGUGCUUAAAUACGUUGUUUCACUUGCUAAAUAAAAUACAUAUCCGACCGAGUUAGUUUAGUCUAAAGCAAAGCAAAGCAAAGCACGCCUGGUCGUCAACUCUUAUUCAAUCUCGACUUGAAUCUCUUUAAUAGCAUUAUAGAGCCGCAUGUUGUGUGUGUGUGCAUGCAGUCGUAGUAGACCAAGUGGUUUGGUUUGGUUUAGUAAAAGUGGACGCUACAUAUUCACGUAAUAAAUAGUAAACCUUGCUUAACAACCCAACUUUUCUGCACUCUUUUUACUUAUAAUUUGCUCCUCUCGCUCCCACUGCACACAACACAAAACAUCGUGCUGCGUCCUUCUCGGGGUUGCAUGUUGAUUACGAGACUCUCUCUGUAUUUGCGAAAAUCGACAUUGUAUACAUACAUAUUUACCACCACACAACUCUCUCCUGCUGGACAACAAGGCGGGCUGUUGCCAUCUCUAAUAUUAAUUGUUAAUCAAGUGCCAAGAAGACCUUGUCAUACGUUAAGGCGAAGAAGAUCUCGACUUAUUUGUGAAUUAUUUUAUUCUCUGCAGCAGCACUGCGACAUCAACGCCAUAUCCUCGUCGCCUUGGAAAAGUAGUAGCUGAACUGAGAAAGAAACCGUAUCAGAGUCAUCAUCAUCAUUAUCGUGGUAUCGUCGUCGACAUCGUCUCGUUAUCAGUUCGGAUUGAAAUUGGAUGAUAGGAGGAAGGAAGAAGAAGAAGAAAGGUUUUUAGACUGAACUUUCCUUUCCUCGUUGGCUCCUCGCCGUGUAUGGUUCAUGACUCGAGGGAAGAGUGCAAAGUACCCGGAGUGCUAGGCUACAUUGGCAGCAGUCACAAUUGCAAAAAUUUCGUUGCGAAUUCACUUCCAGACUAGCGAAUAUAGUCUAGACAUCUAGGUCUCCUUCUGUCUUGCAUAGUAUUGAUCUUGGUAUAUCCGUCGACGGGAGAGAAGAAGGCCGACCGCCUACUAAGCUACCUUCCACUGCUCUACUCCAGCACGGCACAGAGUGGUCUGACAGUUUGCGGGUGUUGGUUGCCUGCUCUCCAAUCUCUCUCUCUCCGCUUUCUCCAAGCCAGAAACCGGACCACUGGAAAUUUGCAGUAGCGGAAAAUGCACUCGCGAAUUCCCUUUUGAAACAAAGUGUAUGCAGCACCACCACCACCACCACCACGAAGUGAUCAUGCCGAAAAUCGAGCCUAAUAACGGACUGAGUCAGCUCGUAGUUUUGGGAGCAGGAGGAGGCUUACCCGGUCCCACGGCUACCAUCACGUCCCUCAUCAACAGCAAUAAUACUAAUAAUAAUAAUCCCAGUGCCGGUUCAGGAGGGGGAGGACUUGGCGUCGCGAUUCCGGGCAGUAGCGGCGGGGUCGGCGGGGGAAAUAAUAAUAGUACGACGUCCUCCUCCUCCCUGAUCAAUGCGGGAAUGAUGGGUAACAAUAAUGGGACUGGGCCGGGUGGGCUGGUCAUCGGGAGAGGACCGGGUGGGGCUGUGGAACAGCAACAAGGUGGUCCUGAUCUGGGUCCGGACAUGCCCCAGAAGAAGUUUCCGUGUCACCUUUGCCGCAGAUCGUUCAUGCACAAGCAGUCAUUGGAUAUUCAUAUGAGGAGCCAUACUGGAGAACGGCCAUACAGCUGUACAGACUGUGGACAAAGUUUUUCUCAACGAGCUACUUUAAACCGUCAUCGGCGCAGGGUUCAUCUCCCAAAAUCUCAACAAUGCACCGAAUGCGGAAGAAAAUUCGGUUGCAGGGAUUACUUGAUCAAGCACAUACGGACUCACACCGGGGAGCUUCCAUACCCCUGUCAAAAGUGUGGAAAGCGUUUUCGCGACAAAAGCGCACUGAAUCAACACUCUCGGUCUCAUAAAUAAAAAAAUCACCAUUCAAUGACUCGUAAUCAUCGGAAACUACUCUACAACACUCGGACAACAACUCGGACGCCGGAAUUUGAUAAUUUUAAAACGAUUUUGAAACAUUUGUAUCACAUUUAAAAUACUGUAAACUGUAAAAAAUUUAGUAUGUAGUAGUACUGCUGUACUAACCUGGUGUAAAACAGUGUAAGGUGUAUAUUUAGUACUCGAAACGGUACUAAAUGGUCAGGAAAAAUUGCACAAUCAAACAUUUCAUUUAAUAAUUCUACCCGGUGAUUCGUUUCAAAUUGUGAUCAUGUCAACUCAACCGUGAUUUUUUUUGGUGCUCUAUGAAAGCAAAAAAAUAUAGAAACCUUCAUCCUUUAGAAAAAAGGGACAGAUUGAAAGACGUGCAUACUGCAAAAAUAUUCAUGAAUUUAAUAACGAGGGUUUGAAGACUUGAUGAUAUAGGGCAAUAGUGAAAACGAAAUACUUUGACGUAUGUAGUGUGAUAUUUGCAGCGUAGGAAUUAUACAUACAUUAAGAAAAGAGAAAGAAGAAGAGGAAAAACUUUUUAGAUUUGUUACUUUCAUUCGACAUUUACCUAACUGUAGGGUAACGUAUUUAACGAUAAAAUAUAUCAAUAACUGAGCUGAUAACAUUUUAUUAACGGAUAGACUUUUAGUGAGAAAGUGAAAGGAGAGAAGAAGACGAGAAGGAAGCAGAAGUAGAGGAAGGAUUAUGUUACAUUUUAGCCUUAGGUUUAAAAAGCAAGCUAUACAUUCAAUCAAUCAUGAUGCUGAUGAUGAUAUUCAAUACUUUUUUGAGUUUUGCAAAUGUUUUGGGCCUGAUAAUAUGACAAUGCGAUAUAUUUACCUUAAGUCACUAAUACGUCUUUACAUAUGGUUCUACAUAUAAAAUAAUAAGUAACGUUAGGAUCGAGGAUAUGUGAUGCUGCUGAAAGAUUAUUUGAGAGCUAGAAAGAGCUAAAACUAUGAUAUAUUUAAUACUAUGUGUAACAUUUAGGAAUAAUCUUACGGAUUGGACAGAGACUGAUGAAUUUUAAUAAUUAUUCUAACUAGGAGCAAGGGGAGCAAGGGGACGAGAAUACGGAGAGAAAUAGUAGUUUGACUUUAAUGUGCAAUGUGAUAACCGAAAUACGAAACGAUAUGAUACGAUCACGUCAAUAGAAAUGGGGAGAAGGAGAGAGAUUGAGCAUAGGAUUGAUUUUUGUUGCAUUUCGUUGCAUCGACUGAUGAAGGUGAGAUAGGUAUUGAGCGAAUAAUGGAGAAAGUGGUUAUUGCAAUUUUGUUGAAUUUUGUGGUGUAGUUUGUUUGGCAGACAGCGAGCUGGUCUUGGAUCGAUAGUACCUUAUUAUUUAACACAUUUAUUCCUUGAUGAUUUACAUGCAUGCUUGCAGGCAAUAUAUAAGUAAGAAAAAGAGGAGGAGGAGGAGUAGAUAGUUAAAAAUUUAUGAUUUUACGUAUUAUUAUUAACUCUUGCUUCUUUCAAUUCAAUCAAUUCUUCACGAUUUGAUGGGAUAACUUAUAUAUAGAAAAAAUCUACUGAAUGUUGUUCAUUAUUAUAUUAAGUAAGAGAAGUAGGAAGUGAUAUGGAUGCAAACAACUGCAACUGUAAUACUGACUAAAAAAAUCAAACCACGACGAAGGUGGUGUGCAUAGGUGGGAGGGAUGAUGAUGGUGAAAGUUGUUGUCACUCAAAUCUAUCUUAUACUGCCGACGUGUUAAAUAAAUGACUGAAGUUAACAGAAAAUAAUGGACUGAUGGAACUGUAAUAUCUGUUGAGAAAUGAAUACUAUUUAUUAGUUGUUGUCGUAAUAUUAUGUAUAAUAAUUGUUGUUGUUAAUUAAUCACUGUUUAGAUAUAGGUCAUGUUAUUUAGUAGUUUGUAGCCUUUAUAUAUGUCUAUUAAUAAUUGUUUGUUGUCAUUAAUUUACGUAUACAUACACCGAUCUGCUUUCGCCUGGCCUGAGGAAAUUCAGCGUAACUGUUUGUAAGACUGUGAAAGAAGGGGACGCGUGAUUGGAGGGGUGGAGAAGGUUCAGAAGGUAUGUAGGAGAUGAAAUUGAGGUGAUUUAUCCGAGUAGUAGUGAGAGAAAUGUUAUUGCUUUCAAGAAGAGAAAGCAAGCAAGCAAGUGACUGAAUUCAAUAGAAAUUUGUUGCUAUAAUUACAUUAAUUAAUUAAUUAUGUAUAUCAAUAUCCGUUCAUACAUAUACUUUGUUCAUGUUCAUUACUAAAUAUCGAGUCUUAAAGAAUAUGUAAGUGCGAUGAGAAGCGGAGUAGUGAAGUGACGCCAUGAGGGAAGCGAGCGGAAUGAAUUUGUGAGGAUUUAGGAACGAUUUGAAAAAUGCUCUUGAAUACAUAAGUCAUUUAAUACAUUAAUUAAUUGCUUUGUAAAGACGCUGUUCUCGUAACAGGAGGGGAAGAGGAGGAGGAGGAGGAGAUGACUUGAAGAGAGAAUAAACUAGUUCUAUGAGCUUAUAUAGUGAUAUACGUA